AAACAUCAAUUUCAAAUGUCUCAAACUUUGGCCGUUUCAUCAUCAUCAUCAUCAUCAUCAUCAUCAUCAGUAUCAUCAUUAUCAUUAACACAAUCACAAUCACAAUCAUCAUCUUUCAAUGUAUUGAAUCCAUUUUUGAAUCCAUCCUCUUCGUCGUCAUCUUCAUCAUCAUCAUCAUCAUCAUCAUCAUCAUCAACAAUGUCAUCAUCCACCAGACAAGUUCGCAUUGCCGCCUUAUUCACCGAAGAAGAACGUGAUGGUCCAAGCGAAUUAGCCUUUAAAUAUGCGGUAUUUCGAAUAAAUAAAGAUCGAACAUUAUUGGAAAAUACGACAAUGGUGUAUGAUAUUCAAUAUGUACCGAGAGAGGAUUCGUUUCAUGCAUCGAAAAAAGCAUGUUUACAAAUGAAUCGCGGUGUAAGUGCAAUAUUUGGACCACAAGAUCCAAUACUUGGUGCCCAUAUACAAUCAUUAUGUGAUGCAUUAGAUAUGCCACAUAUCGAAGCCCGUUUAGAUCUUGAAACUGAAUUGAAAGAAUUUAGCAUCAAUCUUUAUCCAUCGCCGAUGAUUAUUGGUAAAGCUUUAAGAGAUUUGAUAGUCUAUCUAAAUUGGACAAAAAUAGCCGUCAUUUAUGAAGAUGAUAUUUCAUUGAUUAAGCUACAGCAAUUAGUGAAGCCACCAUUAAGUAAGCAAAUACAGUUCAUAUUUCGUAAAGGAAAUGCUCUAUCAUUUCGUGAUGUAUUACUUGAUGUACGAACUCGGGGCGUUUAUUCAUUGAUCAUCGAUACACGUCCGGAAAGUUUACCAAAAAUUUUACAUGCUAUUUUGCAAACACAAAUGAAUAACUAUAAAUACCAUUAUCAUUUUGUUACGUUCGAUAUUGAAAUCUAUGAUUUGGAAAAUUUCCGAUACAAUUUUGUCAAUCUUACCGCAUUUCGUAUGGUCGAUUCGGAUAACUUUUCGGUCAAAACUGUAUUACGUGAUAUGGAAAAAUUUCAACCCAAAAGGCAUCCAAUUCUCAAUCGUACAAAUGUGAUGCAGUACGAACCAGCAUUGAUAUUCGAUUCUGUUUAUACAUUUGCUCGUGGUUUACAUUCAUUGGAACGUGGUGCUAUACUACGGCAAAUGAAUCUAUCAUGUGAUGAAGAAUCACCAUGGCCCGAUGGCAGCACGUUAUUUAAUUAUAUUAAUUCGGUUGACAUUCGUGGCCUUACUGGACCGAUCGCAUUCAAAGAAGGUCGUCGAAGUUCAUUGAAAUUAGAUCUGCUCAAACUAAGACAAAGUAAUCUGACUAAAGUCGGUGAAUGGUCUACAGGAUCUGGUUUAAACAUUACUGAUCAUGCUGCAUUUCAAGAUUUUGGAACAACCAAUAUCACUUUGAGAGUGACAACCAUUGAAUCUACACCAUAUGUAUUCUACAAGAAAAAUCUAAACAAUCAAAUAGCUACCAACAAUUCGAAUGAUCAUUUCGAAGGAUUUUGCAUUGAUCUUCUAAAAGCGAUUGCAGAAAUGUUAAAUUUCCAAUAUGAAUUAUAUCUAGUACCGGAUGGUAAAUAUGGUGCUGAAAAUACAACCACAGGUGAAUGGAAUGGUUUGGUGCGCGAAAUCAUUGAUAAGAAUGCUGAUCUAGCUGUAGCAUCGAUGACAAUCAAUUAUGCACGUGAAAGUGUAAUACAUUUUACGAAACCAUACAUGAAUUUGGGUAUCGGUAUCCUAUUCAAACUGCCAUCAACAAUGCCGACAAGAUUAUUUUCAUUCAUGUCACCAUUAGAUAUUGAUAUUUGGCUAUAUGUAUUGGCUGCCUAUAUUCUGGUUUCGUUAACAAUGUUUGUCGUUGCUCGUUUCAGUCCAAAUGAAUGGCGACUUUCGCAUCCAUGUAUAGCAGCUAUGGAUCCACAUUAUAGUGCCGAUGGUGAUGAUAACAAUAAACUUGAGAAUCAAUUUUCGAUGGCCAAUUCAUUUUGGUUUACUAUUGUUACAUUGAUGCAUCAAGGAUGCGAUUUGAAUCCGAAAGCGGCAAGUACUAGAAUAAUUGGUGCUAUAUGGUGGUUUUUUACAUUGAUACUAGUCAGUUCUUAUACUGCUAAUCUUGCCGCUUUUCUUACUGUUGAACGAAUGAUAACCCCUAUUCAAAGUGUUGAAGAUUUAGCCGCUCAAUCACGUAUUCAAUAUGGUACACUAGAAUCCGGAUCGACAAUGACAUUUUUUCGUGAUUCACAAAUAGAAACUUAUCAGAAAAUGUGGCGUUUUAUGGAAAAUCGACCGAUGGUUUUCGUAAAAACCUAUGAUGAAGGUGUACAACGAGUACUGGAAGGCAAUUAUGCAUUUCUAAUGGAAUCAACAAUGUUAGAUUAUAUGGUCCAACGUAACUGUAAUCUAACCCAGAUUGGCGGUCUACUUGAUUCCAAAGGAUAUGGUAUUGCCACACCAAUAGGUUCUCCAUGGCGUGAUAAAAUAUCGUUGGCUAUUUUACAUUUACAAGAAAAAGGUAUCAUUCGAAUGUUGUAUGAUCGAUGGUGGAAACGUCCCGGUAUCAAAUGUUCACGUGAUGAUAAAAGCAAAGAAGGUAAAGCAAAUGCUUUAGGAAUCGAAAAUAUUGGCGGUGUAUUUGUUGUAUUGUUGGGUGGAUUAGCUGUUGCGAUUGUCACUGCUUUCAUUGAAUUCUGUGUUCAUUCAAAAAAGAAUGCUCAAAAUCUUAGACAAUCACUUUGUACCGAAAUGACCAACGAGUUACGAAUGGCUAUCAGUUGUAGUGACACACAACAAAGGCCUACAUUACGACGUAAAUGUUCCAAAUGUACAUUGAACACAUCAGCAGCGAUUGGUGAUCCUAGUCAUCAUCAUGAUCGACCACCAUCAUCAUCUGCCGGUACGGCCAAUCAAUAUUAUUUGGAUCCAUAUGUUCCGGAUGUUGGAGAAACCGGUCCAGCUACAACCGAUAUUUAUCAACAACAACAGCAAACAACAUCUUAUCAUCAUCAUAGCUCAUCGAAUACUUAUCAUCAUCCACCGAGUGGCAAUUAUCGAAAUAAAUCCAAUAUGAUCAAAGCACAAUCAAGUUAUAAUCAUCAUCAUCAACAACAACAACAACAGCAACAAGAACAAAAUCAAUUGAGGCGACGAUUAGCUAGUGCCAAUUCGAAAACACCUUGGUCCAAUAUGAAUCAUUCACGGCAAAUCACAUCACAAUCGAAUCAUGCACAAUCAAUGGCCAAUCAUCCAGCUGAAAUUCAUCAUCAAUUCACAAUGUAUCAUCAUCAAUGUUGUCCACAGCAUACCGAACAAAAUGAUACUAAUGACAUUGACGAUGAUGUUGAUGAUUGUGAUAUGGGUGAUUGUAAUCGGCAACAACAAUCAAAUAUGAUAGAUGGACAGCCACCACCAACAUCAUCAUCAGCAACAACAGCAAAUGUUGUAAUUAAUUCAAGCUCAAUAAUGAAUAAUACAAAUCAAUUAACUGAAGAUGAUAAUCAAAAUGGUAGUGGCAACGUAAGCCAAGAUGAUGAAGAUAAUGUUGAUAUAGAUGAUAUCGAUGAAGAUGGAUUCCAAUAUAACGAUAGUAAUGAUAGUGCUGGAACCAAUUCUCAACAACAACAGUUAAUGCCCCCACCUCCUCCUCCACCUGCGUCAACAUUGACGAUGCAACAACAAUCAUGUCAACCAUUAUCAUCUAUCAAUCAUCUAACUUCAAUUGAUUCAGCAACCAAUAAAAUAAAUGUAACAGCUACGGCUAUGAAUAGCGGACGAUUAAUAACGGUAAAUGGACCAUUAUCAUUGCCAAACACGAUUGUUGCAAUGGUACCGGCUGUUCAACAUCAUUCGGAUGUUGAUUAUCAUCAUCGAUAAACUAUAACACAAUUUCUGUAUAGAACAUUCAAAUCACUAAAUUCCUAAACUUCCUCUCCCAUGCCAACCGAAAGAUAUUUCAUUUUUCCA